GGUUCUUUUGCAACUGUUGCCCUGGAGCAGAUGAAGAACUGUGGAAGAAUAGCUGUGUGUGGAAGUAUCUCCACCUACAAUGACAGCACACCGCAGACAGGUCCGUAUCCCUACUUCACUAUGAUCAUAAAGGAGCUGAAGAUGGAGGGAUUUAUGCAAAGCAGCAGGCAGGACAAGCACCCUGAAACCCUCAAGAGACUGUUAGCAUGGGUGAAAGAGGGCAAACUGCAGUGUCGGGAGCACGUGACAAAAGGCUUUGAAAACAUGCCGGCUGCUUUUAUGGGGAUGAUGCGGGGAGAAAACAUCGGCAAGGCCGUCGUCGCAGUCUGAAGAG